AUGGCUGCCCGCGAGGUGGCGCUGAAGGAUGCCGGAGCCGCCCAAGAUCGCUGCCAGUUGCUGGAGGCCGAACUGAAGACCAUGCGCAGUGAGCGUGCGGACAAAGCUCGGGGCCGCAGGGCGGAGGAGGAGAAGAUGAAGGCCCCGCAGGACGCCGUCAGGGGUCGCGACGCCGAGCUAGAGCAGUUGUCCCUCGAGGAGAGGUCUCGCACGGCGCUGCGGUCGCUCUACGAGAAGGGCUUGGAGGAGCUGCUGGCUACCGACGACGAGGGGCCCACCCAGCUGCUUCCUUAUCUGGUCGUGGCGCUUGAGGAAGUCGUGAGUGGUACCAGCCCCUUGGCAGAGGGAGAAGCCCGCAUUCUUUCCUCUGCCGCGUUGACGCGCGUCUUCAGCCACCUCCAUCUUCGCGAUCCUGCCGCCCACCUUGACGAGCUGUUCGAGCCUGUGGACGCCGAGCACUGCGCAGCUGCUGCCGAAGCCGUGAAGGGUCAGGUGCAGGCCCUGCUAAAGAGUUUCCGCGCAUUCGAUCUUGCGCCCUCAACUGGCGGUGCUGCUGGUCCUGCAACUUCGGCGGGUGGUGUAGGUGAGGGCAACGCCGCUAUGGAAGAAGCAUCCCUUGCGGGCAACGGCGGCGUCCGGGGAUGA